AUGCAGAACUUGGGGCAUUAUGAUCCAUAUGGAUAUAGCGAGAAUGAAUCUGAUAAUGCAAGUGAUGGAAUAAGUGUGAGUUCCGAACUAGACGGUAGGGAAGUGAAUAGAGAAGAUAGUAAACAAGUACAUAAGGACGAUAAAUUAACUAAAAAAUAUGGGAUUGGUGCAAGGUUACUUUCUAAGAUGGGUUUUGUUGAAGGACAAGGUCUAGGUAGAGAUGGAAAAGGUAUUGCUCAACCCAUUCAUGCAGAACAAAGACCACAGGGCCAUGUUGGUCUUGGCAGUUUUAUAGGCGAUAAUAGGAAAGUUGAAGAGGCAGAAAACUUAAGAGAUACAUAUUCAUCGAGUUCCGAUGAAUUUGUAUCUCAUUCUCAAGUAAAAUUCAAUGCUUCAAAAACAUUUCAAUUAAAUAAUAAUAUUAAUUUAAAGUUUAAUAAUGAAGAAUUUAACCUGAAAUUCUUGAAAUAUAAAGAUAAAUUACCAUCUGAAAUUGUCCAGAAAUAUGAAACAAAUAAAUUACAAAGUAAUCAAAAAACAAAACUGUGGGGUUCAUUGUCAGAUUUAAGCAACUUAUAUGCUGAAGUUGAUACUAUUAACUCAAAACUUGAAUCUUUAAAUGUUAGCAUUUCUUCAUAUGAACAAAAUAGCUUGAAAAUAGCUGCGUUACUAUCUGAGUAUCAUCAGGAUUUAAAAUUAUUGCCUGCAAUUCUCUGUAAUAAUAACGAUUACGAUCGUAAUGAAAUAAGUUUUAAGAAUUAUCUACGAACUAUUUUAGAAUCAGUAGAUUCUGAUGAGUUGACUGAUGAAAUUGUAAGUAGACUCAUAAUGGAAAGAUAUUCGACAAUACCCAACGAGAUAUUUUUGCAAGUGACAGAAGAGAAAAAUUUAAUAUUCACCGAAUUACAAUACAUUAUCAUGACAUUUCCUUCAAUAUUCCAAAACAUAUCUAAAACUCUAAAUUAUUCACAAUCUAGUUUAUAUAAUGUAAUUGUUCCUUCGAUGAGAAAUCUAUGGCAAAGUUUGAAAGAUGCAGAUAUUAAAACCGUAGAUUUAUUUCUGUUUUUAUUAGGCACAUAUGCCACUGUCUUUGAAUCUAUAAAGAUUAAAGAUUAUAUUGAGAACAACAUAAUUUAUCAAUCAUUAUACAGUAUUGUUUCAGAUUGGGAUCUCAAUGAUUCAUAUACAAAAUAUCCUAUUUUAAAGUUGUCAAAGAGUUAUUGGAAUGAGGACUUACAGCAACUACUGCUAGAAAAUUAUAGAUCUCAUUGUGAAAGCUUCAAUGCUGAAACAAACAGUUUCCUUUCUAAAGACAAUAGGUCAAUAUUAGCUAACCUUAUACCAAGACAGGACAUGUACAAAGCGACUAGUAUAUAUAUUGUCCCAAAAUUGAAGCAAUCAUGGAAUCUCAAUGUUGAUAUAUUAAAGGAAUUCGAAACUUGGAAUGAUAAUUUCUUUGAUAAUACGGUUGGAACAUUUUCCUUUGUUUCGUUGUUAGUUAAUUUUCAAAAUGCAUUACCAAAAGAAUAUAUAUCAUCAUGGUUAUUAUGUAUUCUAAACGAACUGAAUAAGUUAUUAUUUGAGUUCUGUCAAUAUUCUAACCUUGAAGAAAGGGAACAUAUAAAAGCAUUUGCGGCAUGGUUUCUAGAUAAAUUGAAUGCCGAUUAUUUUGAUUUAGAGACAUAUAUCCCAGCAGAGUUUGACAUGUGUUUUGAGUUUAUAGAAAGCCUCUCAGAGUCAGAUCUAAAAGCAAUUCAUAAUAAGUCACUUGAAUUGCCUACUAAUAUUUUAUAG